AUGGAGAGGAAGAGAAUGAUAAUUUGGCCCCUCUACCUGUCCCCACCCAGGAGGGCCCGGCAAGACUUCCCAGAUUCUUCACCUCCCAGGAGGACCCGGCACGACUCCCCGGACCCCUUGCCUCCCAGGAGGACCCAGCACGACUCCCCAGACUCCUCGACUCUCAGAAGGGAGCCAGGGAAACAUCUGCAUGACGCCAGAGACUCUACUCCUCAACACAGGAAAUUCCAGACAAACUUUUCAACCAAGAAACACCAGAGGCAUGAUGUAGAUUCUUCUCUUCCUGGGAAGAGGAAGCAGCGAGCCUCUGGUUCAGAUCUGUCUCCUCCACGGAACAAGCGGAAACGAGACUCUGGUUCGGACCUCUCCCCACCAAGAAGGAAGCAGAAAACCAAGUCUUCGGAUUCAGACUGCUCUCCACCUCAAAGGAGCCAACGUCCUGGAGCAAAGGCCACACAGAUGUCGCCUGGGGCCCAAACUGGGUGGGUGUCCGCUGUGAGGAGAGAGCGGCAGGAGCUCAGGAGGCAGGACCAAGAAACCAAGCAAUUGGCAGCUGAAUUCCAGAAUGCUGAAACCCUGUUUCGGGAUAAGUCUGGCCGCAAGAGGGACCUGAAGCUGAUUCGAUUAGAGCAAGGGAGAAAAGAAGAGGAGGAGGCAGAGAAGAAGGAACAGUAUGCUCAGUGGGGAAAGGGCCUUGCCCAGAGCCGGCAGCAGCAACAGAAUGUGGAGGAUGCCAUCAAGGAGAUGCGGAAGCCAUUGGCCCGCUCCAUCAGUGAUGAGGACCUGGAUCAGAUGCUCCGAGAGCAGCAGAGAGAGGGUGAUCCCAUGGCCAACUUCAUUAAGAAGAAGGAGGCCAAGGAGAACAAGGAUAAGAAAGAAAAACCGCUCUACAAUGGCCCUGCAGCUCCCCUCAACCGAUUCAAUAUCCGGCCCGGGUAUCGCUGGGAUGGCAUGGACAGGUCCAAUGGCUUUGAGGAGAAGCAUUUUGCCAGACUUGCGGCCAAGAAAGCAGUUGAGGAAAUUGCCUAUAAAUGGAGCAUCGAGGAUAUGCAGCCCUUGUAA